GUAGUCCUCCGACAUCGUGCCGCUGGACUCGCCGCUCGAGUUCAUGUCGUCCGGGCUCUCCUCUGCAAAGCCAAGUCGUUUAUCAUCGACGCGCGCGCGCACGCGAUCGUCAGUCAACGACUAUCGCCGUGGCUGCUCGACACCUCGGCGACGAGGCACGAAAUCGGCACCGCUUCCGUCCGUCGCGAGCCGUUCCGCUCCCCUGUGCUCUUCCCUUCGGCCGGUCCGGGUGCUGGAGCUGGCAGAAUCGACGAUCCGAUUGGACCGACGCGGCGUUACCAUCCUGUUUGUCCGCUCUUCACCUGGCCUAUCCAUAACCGCGAGAUUAACCGGUGAAGUCGACAACGCCAAUGUGACAUCUCGGCGCUAUUGCCGCGGCCAGGUAAUCAAUCUUUCCCGUAGUGGUCAUCACGGCGGGAAUUGGCGGGACUUUACGGAAUAAUCGAUUCUGCCAGUCGAGCCAGGUGCUCGAUAAUCAUAAUCUUGCCGCUCGUAAUCGUGGACCGUAAAUCUCCGUGCACGAGACCGUGUGUCGGGUCGGCCGCAAAAACUGAGAGACGGAGAGAAACGGCUGACUAAUCGUCGUCGGGGGGUCCCCCGAAGAAAAGGAAGAAGAACAAGGUACACCAGGCGGGCAGGCAGGCAGGCCAGGCCAGGCAGGGUGCCGCCAUGUAUUCGACGCUGUCGCUUACGAGAUAUGCCCGGCUCGGGCGUUACUCGCGAAAACUCGCCACGACGUCAGCGGGACUGCGCAUCCAGCAGCAAACAGUACGUGCAACAGCGAUAUUAUUAUGCAUCAUGUCCGACUCCCAACUUGUGCGCCGCCGUCGAAGGCGAGACAAUUCGCGAGGUGGCAUUGCAGGGCAACCUGCAAAUAUCGGAGGGAUCGCGACGACCGCAGACCCUGACGGAGCGCAGCGAAUUGAAAUACGCCCGCCGCUUGGUCGUCAAACUCGGCAGCGCCGUUAUAACGAGGGAGGACGAGCAUGGCCUGGCUCUGGGACGUUUAGCGUCCAUCGUCGAGCAAGUAGCCGAGUGUCAGAACGAGGGUCGCGAAUGCAUCAUGGUGACCAGCGGUGCGGUCGCCUUUGGCAAACAGAAGCUCACCCAGGAGCUCUUAAUGUCCCUGUCAAUGAGGGAGACUCUGAGUCCGGCUGAUCACACACGAGAGCAUGCAGGCACCAUGUUGGAGCCCAGAGCAGCCGCGGCCGUGGGUCAAUCGGGCCUCAUGUCGUUGUACGACGCGAUGUUCGCUCAAUACGGAGUCAAGCUGGCCCAGGUGCUGGUGACCAAGCCGGACUUCUACAACGAGGAGACGCGCAAGAACCUCUUCAGCACGCUCACCGAGCUGAUCAGCCUGAACAUCGUGCCGAUCAUCAACACAAACGACGCGGUAUCGCCGCCGCCGGUGGUCGACGAGGAAGUCGCCGCCGCUGGCGGUCGCAGAGGUAUUUCCAUCAAGGACAACGACUCCUUAGCAGCGAUGCUGGCGGCCGAGAUCCAAGCGAGUCUGUUGGUGAUCAUGAGCGACGUCGACGGGAUCUACAAUCUGCCACCUUGGCAGGACGGCGCGAGGAUGCUGCACACCUUCAGCUCCGAUCACAGAGGUACCAUCAAAUUCGGCGAGAAGUCGAAGGUGGGUACUGGCGGUAUGGAUUCCAAGGUGAACGCGGCGCUCUGGGCGAUGGACCGCGGCGUCUCGGUGGUCAUAUGCAACGGCACCCAGGAGAAGGCUAUCAAGAGCAUCUUGUCGGGCAGGAAAAUCGGUACCUUCUUCACGCAGACCACCGGCUCCUCCACCCCUGUCGAGGUGAUCGCCGAGAACGCUCGUGUCGGCAGCCGAACGAUGCAGGCGCUACGUCCGGAGGAGCGUGCCGAGUGUAUCAACACCUUGGCGGACUUGCUGGAGACCAAGCAGUCCGAGAUACUCGCGGCGAACGCGCUGGACCUCGAAGCGGCGAGCAAGGCGAGCCUGGCCAAGGCUCUGAUGUCGCGUCUCUCCUUGACACCAGCGAAACUCAAGUCCCUGAGCUCCGGUCUGCGUCAGAUCGCGGUAGACUCGCUGAACAACGUGGGUCGCGUGGUCCGCAGGACGAGAUUGGCCGAUGAUCUGGAGCUGCAGCAGGUCACAGUGCCGAUCGGGGUGCUGCUGGUGAUCUUCGAAUCCAGGCCCGACAGUCUGCCGCAGGUGGCCGCGCUGGCCAUGUCCAGCGCGAACGGGCUGCUGCUGAAGGGCGGCAAAGAGGCUGCUAACAGCAACAAGUACCUGAUGGAGCUCGUGAAGGAGGCGUUGAACAAGUUCGGCGCCGCAAAUGCGAUCUCGCUGGUGUCCACGCGCGAGGACGUGAGUGAUCUCCUCUCGAUGGAGAAGCACAUCGAUCUCAUCAUACCGCGCGGCAGCUCGGAGCUGGUGCGCACCAUCCAGGAGCAGUCCAAGCACAUACCCGUGCUGGGACACGCCGAGGGUGUCUGUCACGUUUACGUCGAUAAAGACGCGGACCUGGCGAAGGCCAUGCGAAUCGUUCGGGACUCCAAAUGCGAUUACCCCGCGGCGUGUAACGCCAUGGAAACCUUGCUGAUACACGAGAGCCUCAUGAGCGGCAGUUUCUUCACAGAUGUGUGCAGUAUGUUGCAGAGGGAGGGGGUGAAGAUCAAUUCUGGCCCAAAGCUGAGGGAACUGCUGACCUUCAGUCCGCCGGCCGCCAAGAGCAUGCGAACCGAAUACGGCGCGCUUGAGUGCACGAUCGAGGUGGUCUCGGACGUUGACGACGCCAUCAAUCAUAUCCAUAAGUACGGCAGCAGUCACACUGACGUCAUCGUCACCGAGAAAACUGACGUGGCUGUGCAUUUCCAGCGGGAGGUGGAUAGCGCUUGCGUCUUCUACAAUGCCAGCAGCAGAUUCGCGGACGGUUAUAGAUUCGGUCUCGGGGCAGAGGUUGGCAUUUCUACGGCGCGUAUACACGCGCGUGGUCCGGUAGGAGUCGACGGCCUACUGACGACCAAGUGGGUGUUGAAGGGCGACGGACACGCGGCCGCGGACUUCGCCGAAGGCGGCAGCAAGAGCUGGCUCCAUCAGUCCUUACCUCUGUACGAAUCGGUGUGAAUUUGGCCGCUUCGAAGCUCCCGUGAUCUCGGAACAAUGUUGGGAAUCGCUCGUCGCAAAAAUGGAAUAAAAUGGAAUGCGUCCCUGGGAUAAACUAACGCGAACGAGCGGAUUUCUCAAAGAAGAAAAUCGUAUGUUGCGAGACAAUGUAAAUCAAAAUAAGCACACGUGAUAUGUAUACUACUGUUAACUAGUUCUUAUUUAUACCAAAUUGUUCUUGCUGUGUAUACGCGUAUAUUAUACGAAAAUCGACGACACGAAAAGCAACGAUGUAACGAAAAUAUUGUAAAAUUUCGAGUUUUUACGCGUAAAAUUAGUAUUAAUGAAAAUAGAUAUACGACAUCGUUUCGAGAAAAGCGAUUAUAAGAAUAUAAGCGAAAAUAAGAGCGAUUGAAGAAUUGUUCGAAACUCUCCGAUGCCUCGGGAAGGUAUCCGGUGUCUUUGACAUUAUUUUUAAUAAAUCCCAAGUCCGAGGAGAAACAACAAAGA